UCAGAGGAGAGAGUAGAGGGUUUAACGGUAUUCUCUUAUCUUACACAUCAGGGUAAGAGGAUACAAAACUAUGGAGAUGAUCAGAGAUAGAAUAUGAGUAGUUUUAGAAAGGUUUAGGACAUCGCAGGUUUGGAAUAAUCCUUUUCUGAAUUUUUUCGUUUUACUUUGCAUUAACCACUGUCGAAAAUGUCUGGUCUGGGGGUUUGGAUUAACGCAAUCUGGAUUUUACUUUUUGCCAUUUUUGAUGCGGCUCUUUCAAACUAUUCCGAGGACCAGUGCAGCUGGAGAGGCAGUGGUUUGUCCCAGCAGCAGGGCAGCGUGGAGCAGAUCUCCCUCCACUGCUCUGAGGGCACUCUGGACUGGCUGUAUCCCAAAGGAGCCCUGCGCCUCACCCUCUCACCCCGCCUGCCCUCUGUGGCGGUGGGGCCCGGCGGCAGCAGCUCGGGCCUCAUCACAGCCUGCGUCAAGCCCUCGGAGCAGUUCCACGGAGCCCAGCUCUACCUGGAGCGAGACGGGGUCCUAGAACUGCUGGUAGGGGACCGCCUGGAGUCCUCACCCCCGCCGAGGGUUCGGUGCUUCAGCCGACUGCCUGGGGAGAGGGUGGCCCUGUUCCUGCAAGCUACACCUCACCAGGACAUCAGCAGGAGGAUCGCAUCCUUUCGUUAUGAGCUGAGAGGGGACUGGACUGCUCGCCUGUCGCUGGACUCCAACACCAUCAGCAGUGAAGAUGCCUGCAGACCCUGCAACAACACAGAGAUUCUGAUGGCUGUUUGCACCAGUGACUUUGUGGUGCGUGGUAACAUCCGGGCAGUGCAGGAAGACGAGAACUUACGGGCAGCGGUGAUCAAGGUCAGUGCCACCCGGGUGUUCCGUCAGAAGUACGCCCUGUUCACCGGCAAAAGUCGCCUGACCAGCAAGGGUGAGAUCAGGACUCUGCUGCAGUGUGGCGUCAAACCUGGGUCCGGCAGCUUCCUUUUCACCGGUCGGGUCCACUUUGGGGAGGCCUGGUUGGGCUGCGCUCCCCGCUACAAGGACUUCCAGAGGGCGUACUCUAUAGCCAAAGCAGCCCAGCAAAUACCCUGUGAACUGCCUGUAGACUGAGUUAAAAAUUCUGCAACAGCUUGUCUGUAGCACAGAAUCCAGGCUGGACUCAAAGCCAGGCCAAACUCAGCCCUGUUCCACGUUUUGGAAGAAGCUGCGAUGUGCAGCUGUGGGUCGAUGUCGUUGCCAUCGUGCCACCGACGGAUAUUCCCAAAGGACUGAGGAGUGAAAUGGACUUUGCCAACACCAUUUCAGUGCAAUAUGCAGUCACCUGGUCCAAAUGACCUGGUGGAGUUGUGACAUGAGGGACAUGGUGGAAAUGAAGAUUAGCAGCAUUUGGCAUUGGACUGUUUUACAAACAAACAGUGAUGCCAUCAUGCUGGUUCAGAGAAAAUCUUUUGAAAAGCUUUCCAUUUGGGAUAAAUUAAGUUAAGCCAUUAAUUCAGGCCUAUUCAGAGUCAUUGCUUAGAAACUCAGGAACAUUUAUGAGAAGUUCUAGAGAAAGCUUACUGCCUUUUAGUUGUUAUCCUGGUGAGGAUACACUGCAGGCAGAUGUGGUCUAAGGUUUCAAAAUGGCUACCUUUGUACCACUGUGUUUUUGUUCAGAAAAUGUCUAACCAUGGGACAGUGAUGUUUUUUCUUUGGCUACCCCUGUACUGGGGUCAUCCUCAGUGUUACUAUUAUUAAGGAGAUUAUAAAUUUAAAAAGUCCUCACAAAAGGAAAUGUUAAAAAAAAAUAUUUGCACUGAUUAAGGAAAGGGAAUGAUCUGGAAAGUGUGAUGCUGCAAGCACUGAAAACCAAAUAAAAAAGCAACUAUAUGUAGCAUAGUGGAGCGACUGAGAAUUUAAUAUAUGUACAGACAAGAGCACAUACAGUAGUAACACAAAGCUAAGGCUACCUGAGCAGGUUUCACAGCUCGAUAUAGUGCUGAAAGCACUUUCAUAUUCUAGCCAACUCUGAGAUUUUGUUUCUGAAAGGACAUGCAGGCUCAUUUUUCUUUUGUAAGAUAUCAAAUGUGGCAAGCAAAAUUUCCUCAAAAUUUCAACUAAUUGGACUGAGUUUGAGUUUAAAUAGAAUUAUUUAAAAAUCUGUUGGUUGCAUGAGUCUUGCCAAAGCAGUUACGAGCUUGGUUAAGCAGUAGUAAAACACAUAAAACAAGCUAGUUUGUCAUUAAACGUUCAACAACAGCCAUUCACAGCAGAAGUCCGGGGUUAUUUGUGCUAGAUAGAUGAGAGUAAAGAUGGAAGAAUAUACAGAAGCAAUGUAAAAAUCACUACACUGGACAAGGCUCGCUCAAAAGAAACACAAAAUAUGCAUUUAAUGUAUAUAACUCUGUUCUGUAAAAAUGAUUUCAUAUCUAAUGUGCACUAUAUCAACAAGGGGAAGGGGUUCAUACCAAAUUACCAUGAUGUGCUGAAGCGGUAUGUCUUAAAUGCGUACACUGCCAUUUUUCUGUUUGUUAUCUUUCAUGUGAAUUUAUGUUAAUAUGAAUGUGAAUGUAAAUAUGUUAAUAAGAUAUUCUAGAAACAACGGCAUGAAAAAAAAACACCAGUGGAAAAAAAAACAACUUUGUCUCAGUAUUGUGGAUUAUUUUUAUGUUUGUCUGUGUUAUUAAAAUAUACUGUAAGA